AUGGCCAAUUAUUUCMAGAAAAAAAGAAAACCGAGCAAAAGACGAYCUGGACUUGCACUCGGAGGAGAGAAYAACAUAAAAAAUGUCGACCUUGCUUCACUGCCGACAUAUUCAUUUAAAAUAUGYAUUCUUGGGGCUGCGGGUGUUGGCAAAACAUGUCUUGUGAAAUCAUUCUUUGGAGAUGACUUCGUCCAGAAACAUAUACCAACCGUAGACGACUAUUAUGUYCAUGCUAUCAGCCUUAACGGACAAGCUUACCAUACUACUUGUAUCAUUGAUACAUCGGGGACUUACAGCUUUCCAGCAAUGCAGAGGCUCGCAAUUGAAUCAAGCCAGGGUUUUCUUGUUUUGUAUGCACUGGACGACAUAGCUUCAUUUCACGAUGCAAUUCGCUUGCUAGACCAUGUAGCUGCUUUGAAGGUCGGGGGUGAUAAUAAAAUAGUGUUAAAUCUGGUAGCGACAAAGCUCGACGUUGAUUACAGCAAGCGACAGGUCAGCACAGAAAUGGCUUUGUUAGAAAUUAACCGAAGGACAUGGUUAAAUGGUGAUUACAUCGAGGUUUCAUCCAAGGCUGAAUUUCGUGUUUCGUGCGCUUUUCACAGUUUAUUGAGAAACAUGAUCAGCGAAUGUCAGUCCAAGGAGAAGAAAAAGGCAAGAAAACUUUUAUCCAGGAGAAUGAGAAGCUAUAAGCUGGUCAGAAGAAAUAAGUAUAAAGCGUGA